AUGAGUCGUAGGGUAGUGUACGGCGUGACGGUUGCCGGCAUAAAUUUGUCGGACGUUAUCGGAGAGUAUCGCGACGGGAUAGCGUCCAGUACACUGCACGUCAAGGGGCGUCGCAAGCAAAUUUCGCUCCUAUCGCAACGGGGUAGAGACGAGAAGUGCGGUGUGCGGCCGAGCGUACACCAGCGGGGGGAGUGGGCCAGAGUGGUUGGACGUGGGCAUUCAGGGGCGCUGCGGGCCGAGUGGCCCUCUGGCACUCUACAGCACUCGCGGCAUGUUUACACGCCAGGCGCCCGUACACUGAACUCGGCGAGA